UUUGGUGACAAAACCCAGGAGGUGCAAGCACCCCAUCUGACCGUCCCCCUACGGUAUGGGGUGCCCUCUCCCUUCUCAUGGCUCAGGAUCCCCCGGCUUCUCCCCAUUAGCGCCCCCUGCCUCCUGAAGUUCAUCUGCUCCUGGAUCGCGGAGAUGUCACGGGUGACUCCCGGCUCCAGUACCCAGACCCAAGUCCUCCACUGCUCAAUGGACACCCCCAGCCCAGACCCGUUGCCUUCGCCUUUGCCCGGGGAGGAAGAGAAACCUCUGGCCUUACCUUCUUCUGUCCCCCGGGGCCACCCCGGUGAGCGUCCCGGAGGGGCCUCCUCCUCCAAUCAGACGCUCAAGGCCUGUCCCCCUCGCAAGCGGGGCCGCCCCCCCAAGUCAGGGCAGGAGCCCCCACUGGCGCACGGGGUGACAGCCCCGGUGGGCAGCGGUGGAGAUGGCAACGACCUCCUGCUGAUCGAUGAUCAGGGUGUGACUUAUACCGUCUCAGAAGGGGCCUUGGCUGAUGGGCCCGAGGGCUCGGGCCCCAAGAAGACCCCCCACUUCUGCCUGGUGUGCCUGCGGGCCUUCCCCUACCUCUCCGACCUGGAGCGCCAUAGCAUCUUGCACUCAAAGCUGAAGCCACACAGGUGCAAGGACUGCGGCAAGACCUUCAAGCGGUCCAGCCACCUGCGGCGGCACUGCAACAUCCACACAGGCCUAAGGCCCUUCCGCUGCCAGCUCUGCCCCGGCCGCUUCCGUCCAUCCGGGGAGCGCCCCUACCAGUGCCCCAUCUGCCGGAUGCGCUUCACAGAGGCCAACUCGCUCAGGCGCCAUGCCAAACUCAAGCACCCUGAGACCAUGGGGGCCCCCGUGGGUCCCCCAGAACCAGGGCCUGAGCUACCGUGGGACCACGAGGGCAUACUGGCCACAGAAGUGGCCAAGGAAGAGGAGGAGGAGCCGGAGGGAAAAGAGCUGGCCUGACCCACACCCCCGGCCAGGUUUAGGGCUGGGGGUUCAGGUGCUGCGCCUGGGUCGUGUAGCCCAGACACCCUCCUGUCUGGUGGGAUUCUUGUUGUGGGAGGGGAUUUCAGGUGAGGACCGCAACUUCUGGUGGGCCCUGCUGCCUUCUGCCACCUUCUCCCAGACUUACAGACCCUUGGACCUCAGAAAUAAAUCACUGCCGCCUGGCUUCCCUG